AAGGAUGAACUUAACUUGAACUUAUAUUUUUCAAUUGCCAAAUACUUGUCUUUUACCUGAAUUCAGGCUAAAGAAUAACAAUAUCUUAACGGAUUCUCGGUCUCCCAGAUUGUUGCUUCCUUCCUUCGUCGCACCGUAUUUUUGGGGAAGAAAAGCCAUGGAUGUCGAAGAGGCAGAGAAUGAAGUUUCAGUUUCUUCUGUUAUUCUCAAUUUCACAGAUUCUCGGCAGAAUGAAGUUUUUUCUCCAGAAGAUCUUGCUUGGGUUGAUUCCUGCCUAGUUAAAGAUUCUGAUAUUUCAGAUAGUGAUUGGAUCCCUCUGAAAAAUGCUUUAUUAGAAAUUGUCAGUUCUCAAUCUCAAACUUUCAGCACUGAUGGAGGAGAAGACAUUGAAAUUCUGCCCUACAAUGAAGAGCAAAAGAUUGAAAGUACUAGUUUAGAACUUAAUCAGGAAUCUUCAACUUAUGAUGUGGAGCACUCAUCCCAGCCUUCUUCAACUUACAAUGUUGACCUAUUAAGUAUAGGAAUAGAAGCAAGCACUGAUGAGUCAGACAAUGAAAAGACUGGGACAUUACCAUCUUCAACUUUUCUGGGAAAUCCUUUUCUGCCAACUUAUAAUGAAGAGCUGAAGGAGAACAAAACCAUCGAUUUAGGAUUUAAUCUGGAUUCUUCAACUUACGAGAUGGAGCAUGCAUCUGAGAAUAUCUUCAAAAUCUGGGAUUUGGACAUUCCAUCUGAGGAAGGUGAACUAGUUAAACAGUUGGACAAAGCCCUAACAGAGAAUUCCUUUCAAUCAUCUUUUGAUGAUUCAGGGAAGUGGAAGAGCUUGAAGGAAGGCUCACUUGAUGCUCUUAUUGCUGGCAUUGCUGACUUGUCUUUAAAUAAAAAAGUUUAGUGUUCAUUGAUUUAUAUUCGUUAAGAUUCUUCUGUCCAAUUAUAUUAACUAUACUUUUUUUUUUUUCAGUAAGUAUAUAUUUAUUAUACUUUUAAGUACUAAUAUUAGAAGU